CAGAAACAACUUUAAAAUGCGCUUUACCACGCUUUAUCAUAUAGUUGUGGUUUUAAUAAUUUUCAAAUUAAAUGGAAUUAACUCAAUUGGCCGAUUCUAUACAACCGCAAACCACAAUGAGUAUUAUAUAAAUGAGGAUCAAAAGUACACUUGGUUUGAUGGUCUAAGUGAAUGUCGGAAAAUGAACAUGUCAUUGGUCACAAUCGAAACCAGUAUUAAAUCGAAGGAAAUAAAUGAUCUAGUAAAAGCUACGUUUAAUAGAAGCAUUAUUCUAUGGGUUGGUGGCAUUAUGACCAAUUAUCCAGAUUCUCGUAACUAUAUAUGGAUUAGUACCGGUCAACAAUUCAACUACACCUAUUGGAAAGAUAAAAAUCCCGAUUUUUCUUUGAACAAUGAAUAUUGCAUACAAAUUGGCUGCUCCGCAAAUAUGGAGUGGAACGAUAAUGUCUGUGAAACCAAAUAUGGUUUCAUAUGUGAAUAUCAAAAGCUGGAUUUACCUCUGCAAAUGGAGAACAAAUAUAAAGACUGUCAGCAGGAGUUAAAAGACCAUGAACAACUUAAGGAGAACUUGAGAAUAGUAACAAUAGAGCGAAAUAAUUUACAGCAUAAACUAAAACAACAGAAUGUGUUGCAACAAGAACUUGAGGAACGGUUGCAUAAAAUAAACGAAGAAAGAAAUUUUGAAACAAUAAUAGAAAAGAAUUAUAAUUUACAGCUAGAAUUGCAGAAACAACAACUAGAAUUGGGGCAACACAUAAAAAAAGGUUCGCAGAACUUACAACUAGCUUUACAAAAACAGUUAGAAUGGCAGCAUUUUAUUGAGGAGAAAUUGCUACACCGAGAACCCGAGGAAAAGCAACAAAACAAAGAGAAAUUUUCAAAAUAUAGCGAUCUUAGUUUCCAAUUUAAUCGAAAUACAUACGUCUUGCCAAAUGCACAACUAAAGUUUGAUGGAAAUCAUUAACACAGUUAGAAUUCAUAAUAUUUAAACUAUACAGCAAAUAAAUAUAUAAAAUUACUACUCAAAA